AUGCUAACCAAUGCCGCCACCUGGCCUCCUCCGAAAAAUGAAAUUAAAAGUAUUAACUCUGGGAAAGUUUAUCUCCAUGUCACAACAAUAGAUCGGUGGGGAAAUGUCGACCAAGCCAGUCAAGUUAAGAGAGUCCCGGGAAUGGUGAACGCGCUUGGAAGGGGAUUUUACACUUACCCUCAAAGUGCAAUAAUACCUGAUCGUUUGUCCGUGCUCAUUCAGUGGGCUCACAUUGAUGCAGAAGAUGAGGAAGAGAUGAGGUCUGAGUUAAAAAAAGUACGUAUCGUCGCUGUAUAUCCCAAUCGCGACGUUCCGGUUUGGAUACCUCAGGGAACGUUAACCUUGCCUCCGGGUUCGAAUCUCGAUAAAUUGCUGACCAACCUGUCUAAUGACCGCAAGUUAAAUUUUUUGGCCAUUUCGCUGCCGGGCAAUUCGCAAGAAACCGUUUGGUUGAAAACAAAAGUUGAACAGGGAAUCGUGCAUUAUCCUAUGGAAGACAGCUUGCCGAUGGAUUUCCUGGUCAUAGAUUCCGUCAGGGGAAUGACAGAUGCUGAAAUCAAAAAGUACAUCCUGGACGUUUGGGGAAAUAGUAAAAAUAAAAAGACAGUUUGA